AUGGCUUCUGUGGCUCUCCGACCCAUUGUGUUCUCACAUCGUGUUCUGCCCCGGUUUAGGUCCUCCAUCGCCAGCCCACUGCUCCAAGCAAACCACCAACAACGCUCCAUCUCCGUAUUCUCCUCUUAUCUCAUCACUCCCAAGGAGCUCAAUGAUGGGCUGAGAAAGAAUGUGCCAACCAAAAUCUCAACUUCACCGCGCGUCAUUCCCUUAUGUGCCGCUUGGUUCAUGCCCAACGACCCAGAAGGACGCACCGGGAUUGAAGCCUUCAAGAGGAAGAGAAUUCCGCAGUCGCGUUUCUUUGAUAUAGACGCUGUUAGCGACACCAGUUCGCCAUAUCCUCAUAUGCUACCAACCAAGGAGCGAUUUGCAGCGGCAAUGCAAGAUUUGGGGAUCCGUCGCGACGACGAGGUAGUGGUCUACGACACGGAGGAAUUGGGAUUGAUGAGUGCUCCUCGCGUGGGCUGGACGUUUAGAUACUUUGGGCACGAAAACGUUCGCAUUCUAAACAACUUUCGCCUGUGGGUUCGUGAGGGAUAUCCUACUGAGUCGGGUGAGAUUACGCCGGUGGAGAAAUCGACCUACGAGGUGCACACCCAUCACCCCGAAAUGGUGGUCCAAUUCGCCGAGAUGAAGCAGAUUGGUGACGAUUAUGGCAAAGAAGGUGCGGACAGUGUUCAAAUCGUGGAUGCUCGGCCCGCUGCACGAUGGUCGGGACAGGCGCCUGAGCCUCGCCCGGAACUGUCUUCGGGACACAUGCCGGGCUCUGUGAAUGUGCCGUUCCCAGAGCUUCUUGAUCCUGACACUAAAACGUUACUGCCGGAGCCGGAAUUGCGCAAGGUGUUUGAAUCCAGAGGAGUCGACUCGUCGCGGCCCAUCAUUACUUCUUGUGGAUCCGGGGUAACAGCGGCGGUCAUUGACCUGGCGCUCAAUGAAGCAGGGUACGGCGAUUCGGGUUCUAGGAGAUUGUACGAUGGAAGUUGGUCGGAGUGGGCCGCCCGAGUUUCCGAAUCAAGUGGAUUGAUCCGCAAAGAGUGA